AAACUAUGGAGGAUGUUCGAAGUCAUGUACAAGUGAAACUUUUAACGGAAUGGGCAGGAAGAUAUGGUGCUGAAGCCAUGAUUGCGAAACCCAACUUUCAUAGUCGUAGUAUUUUCGCUGAAAAUUUAAUUGCUGUAGAACUUCGGAACUUGCAGGUCAAGUUUAAUAAGCCAAUAUAUGUUGGAAUGUCUAUUCUAGAUAUAUCAAAAACAUGUUCGUAUGAAUUCCAUCAUGAAUUCAUGUCCCCGUUAUAUCAGAACAAAUGUAAAAUCUUAUACACUGACACUGAUAGUUUAAUCUAUCAUAUUGAGUGUGACGAUGUAUAUAAUGAUAUGAAGAAUAAUCUUAGUAAAUACGAUACAAGUGACUACCCUAUAGAUAAUAAAUACGGUAUACCGCUAGUUAAUAAAAAAGUACCCGGUCUCAUAAAAGAUGAGAAUAACGAGGCUAUUAUGACCGAAUUCGUCGGACUUAGGUCAAAAAUGUAUGCAACACGAGUUGUAGGUAAGAAUGAUGUAAAAAAAGCAAAGGGUGUUAAUGGUAAUGUUGUAGCGCGAACUAUAACUUUUGACGACUACACUAAAUGUUUAAAUGAGGAAAUUGAAAUGAAGUGCACUCAAUCUUCGAUAAGGUCCACAUUACACAAUGUACAUACUAUUAAGGAAACAAAAAUAGCUCUAAGUCCGUAUGACGAUAAGCGGUACAUUAUUCCUGGCGCAAUGAAUACUUUGCCAUGGGGUCACCGUGACAUACCGUAAUGUCUUUGAAAGCGAUGUAAAUAAGUAUGAGUGGGUGAGAGCGAGAGAGAGUUUGUACAUUGGAAGUGAAAUAAAAAAAAAAAAAUCUCCGACCAAGCUCAAUGUGUCCU